AUGUUGGGAAUAGCCUGCGAUCCACUUCAGCAUACGAGCAUGUACGAACGCGGAUCAGAUGAUAGCGAAGACAGCGACGGAGAAGGCGGUCUGGGCAACGUUUCCCGGGUUAUCAUCCGUCCGCCGGGUCAAAGUGGCAAGGCCAAGAGGGGCCAUCUCUGCUUUGAUGCGGCCUUCGAAACAGGAAACCUGGGAAAAGCGGAGCUGGUGGGCGAAUUCGAGUACGAUUUGUUCCUUAGACCGGAUACGUGUAAUCCUCGCUUCCGUUUCUGGUUUAACUUCACCGUGGACAACGUAAAGCAGGAUCAGCGAGUGCUCUUUCACAUUGUUAACAUCAGCAAGAGCAGGAAUCUCUUCUCCUCGGGACUGACUCCCUUGGUGAAGAGCUCCAGUCGACCCAAGUGGCAGAGGCUGUCCAAGCGGCAGGUGUUCUUCUACCGAUCGGCCAUGCACCAGGGUCACUAUGUCUUGAGCUUCGCCUUUAUCUUCGACAAGGAAGAGGAUGUCUACCAGUUUGCGUUGGCCUGGCCUUAUAGCUAUUCGCGUCUGCAGUCCUAUUUGAAUGUGAUUGAUGCCCGGCAAGGAUCGGACAAGCGGUUCACCCGAUGUGUGCUUGUCAAAUCGUUGCAAAAUCGCAACGUGGACCUGCUGACCAUCGACCACGUGACUGCCAAGCAGCGCUCUACAAAUCGCUUGGAUCGCAGUUUUAUCCGGGUGAUUGUAGUCCUCUGCAGGACGCAUUCCAGCGAGGCUCCAGCUUCCCAUGUGUGCCAGGGCCUCAUCGAGUUUCUCGUUGGGAAUCAUCCCAUCGCUGCCGUUUUGAGGGAUAACUUUGUAUUUAAAAUUGUGCCCAUGGUGAAUCCGGAUGGGGUCUUUCUGGGAAACAAUCGCUGCAAUCUGAUGGGACAGGAUAUGAAUCGCAACUGGCACAUAGGAUCCGAGUUCACGCAACCAGAAUUGCACGCGGUGAAGGGCAUGCUGAAGGAGUUGGAUAAUUCAGAUGUGAGCAGAGGGAUUGAAACCGAUUUGAUCGGCAUUAUAUUCGUGUGUUCGUACAAUAUAUCAUUUCAGACCUAUCAGAUUGACUUUGUGAUCGAUCUGCAUGCGAAUAGCAGCAUGCACGGCUGCUUUAUCUACGGGAACACCUACGAGGAUGUCUACAGGUAUGAGCGACACCUGGUAUUCCCGCGACUCUUCGCUAGCAACGCACAGGACUACGUGGCGGAUCACACGAUGUUCAAUGCGGACGAACGGAAGGCUGGCAGCAUGCGGAGAUUCAGCUGCGAGAGACUCAGUGACACGGUGAAUGCCUACACAUUGGAGGUCUCCAUGGCCGGUCACUACCUCAAGGAUGGCAAGACCAUCUCCCUGUACAACGAAGAUGGCUAUUACCGCGUGGGCAGGAAUCUGGCCAGGACUUUGCUUCAGUACUAUCGCUUCAUUAACAUCCUGCCCAUGCCGAUUGUGACAGAGGUCAGGAGCAAAAGGCGGGGGCGAAACCGCCAUGCCCACCACUCCCGAUCCCGGUCGAAAACCCGCUACGAGGUGAAGCCCCGUCCCAAGACGCCCCGAUGCCACGCCCCCAUUGCCUACACAAACCUAAGUAUAUGCUACGAUUCGGGUGGAGGAGGCGGAUCCUCGGACGAGGGAGGAUUUUCGCCCGCCCGUCCCUUGGCUCCUGGAAGCAGUUGCUUUAGCGGGUACCGCAACUACCGGAGGGCCGCCACAGCAAGUUGCUCCGCGCACCCAGGUCACGAUCAGUACUCCCCCUUCGCACUGGGUGCCCUGAAAACGGGCAGCGACCACGGCGGAGGAGUUGGUGGCUCCAAGGGCAAGCGAUCAGCAGCGGUCACCAUCGAAGUUCCCCUGCCCGUGAAUGUGCCCCCCAAGCCUUAUCUGUCCAUCAUCGACUUGAAUCAACUGACCAGGGGAAGCCUUAAGCUGAAGUCCAAUAGCUUCGAUGCCGCAGACAGGAGAUAG